CGGGCCUACUAAUAUCGGUAUAGUGAAUGCCGCCAAAAAUGUGCUUCUCAUUGUCUUGUGAAUUUUAGGAGGGCACACUGCGAAUAAAACGUCUACCACGAACGCGCGUACGCCAGGCGCACGCCGCCCUUGAAGUAUCCCUCUCUUCGGACCUACGCGUGUGGGGUAGUCGUUUAAGGCAACUCCAUAUGAAGCAAGACAACUCCUUUUAUUCGCUGGAGGACGGCUUGGCGACCAGCUAGAGAGUUGCCAGGAGCAUUCCCGUACCAGUAGAGAAGUCGCAGACAGCGACAUAGAGGAGCGCAGACAGCGCCGAACACUCGGUACGUCAGUUAAGGAGACCGCAGUCAGCGGUAAUGGGCGCAAGGAGCGCCAAGAACGGUGGCCGCAGACAGCGGGCCAGAAGGCGCAAAGAGCGUUAACAUCGGUGGCCGCAGACAGCGGCCAGAAGGCACAGGUUCCGCCAUUUUGGAAAGCGCUGAGGCAGCGCCGUAUUUGGACCUGUUGGGAUGCAGCAUUCCCCCAAGAGGAGUUCGCGGGUGAGGGGAGGGGAGGCCACGCCUACAGCAGCGCGAGCGCACCCGCAGCCAGCGAGUAGUGGAGCAGAGCCUAGCCCAGCCACUACGGUGACUACAGUAGCGUCCCAACUCAGGAGUACUGCUGUCACAGCUGCGAGUUCAGAGCCGCAGAUGAGCCAGCCCCUCACGUCGGACCUUUUGAAAAGGAGCGCCAUCUUGGAGCGGACCGCCAUUAGCCACAUUUAACGGUGAGGCCUCAACUAACGGGGUCGGGCCGGUCCCACAUAGCGGUGUCGGUGCGAGCAGUGCGGCCUGCACGCUGCCGCCAUCUUGAAGUGAACCGCCAUUGCUAACGACCAGCAAUCAUCUUGUGGAGCCACUAUGUGCUAAGUGUUGCUCAGACAGCGCAUGGAUUCGUGCUACCGGGCGGGAGCAUCCACAACGUGGCAACAGCAACGCCAUUUGUCGGAUCCUACGCCUCGAUGACGCCGAAUGGAUCCCAAGGAGUAUACGGGCCAAGGAAGCUUCCGGACCUGCCUGUAUUUGGAGGGCAGCCCGAGAAGUGGCCGAUCUUUAACUGUGCGUUCGUGGAGACGACCCAAGCAUACAACUGCACAGACUUGGAGAACAACCAGAGGUUGUUGAAGGCGCUGAAGGAUGAAGCACGCGAGACAGUGAAGUCGCUGCUGAUUCACCCUGGGAACGCCAGCGCCAUGAUGGAGCAGCUGCGCUUUAGGUUUGGCCGACCGGGCCCCAGCGGAGGAGCCCGUGCAGAGAAACUUAAGCUGCGUUGACGCCGAGGGAGGCCGACUUUUGUUCCGUAUAUUGCCUGUAACGCUAUACGUAGCUGGUCGCCAGGUGGACACAUACGCGCUCUUGGAUGAGGGAUCCUCCGUGUCGAGCUACGGAAGGAUCUGGGAGUGCGAGGCGAACGUCGACAGCUGAAUAUUCAAUGGUUUGGAGGAAUGGCCAGCAGAGAGCCCUGCGACGUGGUAAGCAUGGAGAUAAGUGGAGCUGGGAAGCCCUUUCGCCACGUUUUGAGGAACGUGUACUCCGUUUCGAACCUGAGUCUGCCGAUGCAGACGUUAGGUCGACGAGAUGUCCAGGGCGUGCAUAAAAAUGCGCGCCUGCCGAUGAAGCCCUACAUCAAUGUGGUGCCUAAGUUGCUCAUCGGACUGGACCAUGGACAUUUGGGAUUGCCACUUAGGACGCGGCGGUUUGCCAAAGAGGGACCGUACGUGGCCGCAACCGAACUUGGAUGGGUUGUGUUUGGGCCAGUAAGUGGGCAAUCGACUACGCCGUCACCUAGGUCCUGCCUUCUAGCCGUGUCAAUGGAUGAUACCAUGGAACAGAUGGUGGAGGACUACUUCGAGAUGGAAAGCUUUGGUGUGAAGCUCGUGCCACAGGUCGCAGGCAGCGAUGUCGCGCGGACACAAAGGAUCCUCGAAGACACCACGGUGAAAGUGGGGCGUCGCUACCAGACGGGAUUACUCUGGAGGGACGACUACGCUGUGUUGCCACGGAGCUACGAUAUGGUGCACAGACGGCUGAUCAAUGUCGAGAGGAAGUUGAAGCGCAACGGACGGUUGGCGUUGGAAUACGAUCGUAUCAUCAAGGAUUACGUAUCCAAGGGAUAUGCGAGGGAGCUGCAGCAGGAUGAGGAUCGAGACCCGGCUGUGUACGAGAUGAACGUAAUGACGUUUGGAGCAACCUGCUCGCCGAGAGCUGCGCAUUACGUAAAGACGGUAAAUGCCCUGAAGUUUCGGGAUUCAGAUCCGAGGGUAGUCAACGCCAUCAUCGACCAGCACUACGUCGAUGACUAUGUGGACAGUUUCGCUACAGAGAGCGAACCUAUCAGUGUAUCUACCCGAGUGAAGGUGAUACACGCGGAGGCUGGAUUCGAAUUAUGCCAGUUUUCAUCCACCUCACCCAUUGUGGAAGCGGCGUUGGGACCACCUGGACAAGUCAAGAGCAUCGGAUGGGGUGAGGCUGAGCAGAAGAUCCUUGGAAUGCGCUGGAAGGUAGCCACGGACGACUUCAGAUUCAACAUGGAGUAUCACCGAGUGCCAAGUAGCGUUCUAAGUGGAGAUCGAGUCCCUACAAAGAGGGAGUAUUUGAGCUUGCCGAUGAGAACGAUGUCGAUCCCAAGGUUGGAGCUGCAGGCAGCGGUUCUUGGAAGCAGACUGAUGAACACAGUCAAGGAGAGGAAUACUGGACAUCAGCGAGACGGUGUUGUGGACGGACUCAAAGACGGUGCUGAGAUGGAUCGGCAGCACCCACCGCCGGUACAAGCAGUUUGUUGGCAACCGAGUGACGGAGAUUUUGUAGUCGUCGAAGGUUUCCCAGUGGCGAUGGGUACCUACAGUUGA